CCCGGUGUGAGUAUAAAACAGUCUUACUGUGCAGGAGUCUCACAUAUUGCCUGUUGUCUUCAGUAUUGACAUAUAGGCCUACAGAUUUUGGUUCUCCACUGACGUUUCAGUUGCAUCCUUUACAACAUUCCUACGUGGGGAGGACGUUGAAAUGUGACCGUCGGUCCUCAGCUCCCUGCUGAUCCCUUAUCCCGCUCCUGUACGCUCACUGACACGGUGCUGAUCCCAAUCGGCUCACAGAUAUCUGCGCGCCUCUCGAGGCUCCGUGUGUGGGAGGGACUAAGGGGAGACAGAGAGAGAGAGAGAGAGAGAGACAGAGAGAGAGAGAGAGAGAGACAGAGAGAGACAGAGAGAGAGAGAGAGAGACAGAGAGCUCCUCCACAUGCAGCAUCGUGCAGGAACAGAAUAGAAUCCCACACGCUGUCCAACGCAUAUUCACUGAUGAGGCUCCUGGGGGAGGAUCAAAAAGAAAAGAAGCCUGUCUCUAUGUGGUCUCAGCAUCCACACGAGGAAGAGAAGGCGAAGGGGAUGCUGAAGUAGCGAGGGAUGCUGAGGAGGGCAGACGUCGUGGGAGGAAGGCUCAGAGUGAACCAGCGGGUGGCGACAGCCGAAUGGCUUCUCCGGAGUCGCUCCCCGCCGACGAGGGUGGCACGCGGUCGGAUCCCCCCGACGUCCUUGACCGAGUUCGCGGCGCGCUGCAUGCGCGCAAGUCGGGCGGAUCAACAGGAGGAGCCGCGCUCCCCGGGGGGGCUGGCUGUAGCCCGGCCCGCGGCUGCCACGGCGGCCGGUGUCUUUCAGCACCGAGGACGGCGGCGGCGCCGCGCAGGGGCGGCGCGGAGCUCAAGCUGGGCCACCUCGGCGACGAGAAGGCGCGCGUUGGCCGCGACGAGGAAUUAGAGACGUCGUUCACCCACACCGACGACAAUGUCAACCUGCGUGCGGCGGCCAGCCCGGAGGCCGGCUGCAGGAGUGCCCACAGAGCCGCGCGCAACGGCGAGCCUGGCUCCGAGACGUUUCCGGAGUUUUCCUUCAUGUCCGAGGACGACCUCUCGUUCGGGGAGGGCUCGGGGAGCUCCAUAGACUACGGCUUCAUCAGCGCAGUCACGUUCUUGGUGACUGGGAUCUCCCUGGUCAUCAUCUCCUACGCGGUGCCUCGCGACGUGGCGGUGGACCGUGACAGCGUGUCGGCGAGGGAGAUGGAGAGGCUGGAGAUGGAGAGCGCCCGGAUAGGUGCCCACCUGGACCGGUGCGUCAUAGCCGGUCUGUGCCUGCUCACGCUGGGCGGCGUGGUGCUCUCCACGCUGCUGAUGGUCUCCAUGUGGAAGGGGGAAAUGUACAGGAGGAAAGUCAUCGCUUACUCAAAGCGCUCCGCCAAACUGUACGGCUCCAUCAGCCUGAAAACCAGGUCCAGUCCCAGCCACUCGUCCGAGCACUUGUCCCUGGAGGAGGAAGUAGAGGAAACUUUGACUUAAGUGCUGCUCUGCAUAUAAAAAAAAACAAACAGCUUUUGCAUAUAUAAACAAUUUGUGUAUAACUGAGGAAUUAAUGCCAUCCCCAUUCUCUAACAAAUGUAUCAUACAUUCAAAAUAUGUCUGCAACAGUUUUGUUCUUUACAAACAGAUCACAUGUCCUCUUAUGUAUCCACUGGCGAGCAGAGUGGACAAGAAAAGCACUCGAAUGAAAUGUGAGCAAUAGCAAAAAACAACAACACACAAUGGUGUCAAAUUUUUGAGGAUUGAUUUAAAAUGGCACCACAGCAUAAAAGUGAGUGUUGCGAGCUUUGUGUCACAAACCCCUGGUUCUUUCCUCUUAUUUUGGGCCAAGGGUGCAAUCGCUAAGAGCCUCCAUUUAUUAUUAAGGGUAUUCAUAUUUAAUGCAAAAUGUUUCCAACAGCAAAAUUGUGCACGUAUUUCAGGAAGCCAGGGGAGUGUGUGUGUGUGUGUGUGUGUGUGUGUGUGUGUGUGUGUGUGCGUGUGUGUCCCCGGGGGCAGGAGAGUGUGGGUGCAAGGGGCAGAUUUAUAGCCUCGCUGUCCCUGCAGUCCACCGUGAUGUGGGGGGAAUCAGAUCACCGGCCCACAUGGUAAUAUCCACUGACAGUCCCUCUCUGGUGCAGUGCUGAGGUAAGCCAGCACAGCCCGGCGUCGUGCAUCCGAGCCAAAGCUCCACGUCGGUUUGAUUGUGCCGAGCAAUAGGCUACGUUCCACAGUGCUGACGUGCACCGUGCUCUCUCUCUCUCUUUGGCUCUCUUGUUGAUUCACUCUGCUUCCCCCCUCUGCAUCCCCUGCAGAGACACCACACACGUGUUUGUUUUAUAUUAGACUUUACUUUAUAGUGCACUUGAAGUUCCAUGGACUAGUGUACAGGUGCAGUUGGUGGUGCCUUUGUAGCUCAGAGGGUAGACGUCUGCACAAUGUUGGUCAAGGGUCCUGAGUGACCACAGCCGAGUGCCUGCGCCAUUUCAUUUUUUAUUUUACAAAAACUAUAUCCUUAACAUGUUUUUCAGUGACUUUCCCCCCCAACCCCCAUGACCAAGACAAGACAGUGACAAGACGGCCCCGAUGCCAUUAAACACCAACAUCAACUCUAUGAACAUGCAAUUUCACCGAUGACAAGAGACGAGUAUAGUUUAAAAAGUAAAAACGACUAAAAUCUCGUAAAGGAAGAAAUUACAGAUUUAAAGAAAAUAUUUCUUUUACAAUUAAAUAAUCAAAAUAGCCUUUUUUUAACGGCACAUUUUCUUAGACAUAGAUACCAAGUGUUUUUUCGUUGACUAAGGAGACACUAUAAAUGUUCAGUUUUAUAGUCGACUUAAAGUUGACUAAAUACAAAAAGGGGGAAGUUAUGAAUAAAUCAAAAAAAGGGUUGAUCAGCCUUUUGCUACCAUUUUCUUUUUCUCUUUCCAUCUCUCUCUCUACAAAAGGAUGGACUUAAAAAACACCUUAUCACACAUGAAAGAACUGCUCUACUUCCACAACAUUAAGCCGUCACCACUGCAAAGAGCCAAUUACCUCUUCAAAGUGAGGGAUCAUUUCUUUUUAAAGGGUUAUUUUUCACCAUAUUAUCACGAGGAUUUGCCAACUGAAAGAUUGCAGGUGACACAGCGAGCCUAGGGAACAACGUUUAUCAUGUGCAAACUUUUAUAGAAAUGUUAAUGCCCUGGUGAUCAGACAACCGAUCAGACACCAACUUCCUUUUUACUUGUUUGAGGGAGAUUUUAGUUUCCGUCUUAAUCUAAGUCCAUGUCUCCUUGAUGGAUAUUAAUGCAGAACCCAUGCAGAGAUAAAGAAUGCCACGCAAUUCUCUUCAGAAACACUCGGGUUUUUUUGUGUUGGCUACCCUGUAAGACUCAUAAAUCAUGCAUGAACCCCCCGAAUGUAUUCACAUUUGCAUAUAUUCAUAUACCCCUGCCAAAACGCUGCAUUCCACAGGACAUGUGCUAAUGAUUUUCGUACAGUGACAGUCCUUUUCGUCUCGCAGGCUGUGUGACCCAUGGCUCACAUUCAAGACGACAUGAGUCAGCCUCUCUUAAUGAGAUGCGUGGGCAGAUCACUAUAUGGUAAACAGCUCCAGGCCACGCCAUCGCUGUGCUUUCAUUCAGUUGCGUUGCUCCUGUGUGUACUGUCACCAAAUGCGUUGCGCCGGUCGGUGCAGUUCAAGUGAAAAGACUGGAUUCCUUGAGUCUGAUAGGGUAUUCAGCCUGCAUUCUCAUUCAAAAAGAACAUUUUGUUGCAGCAAUGAACGCGAGCAAGUCUGUGUUACCACUUUUCAUUUUCUCUGUGACCACAGAGGCGACGAGCGCCUGUGUGUGCAUCCCCGAAAAACACCCAUUACGUUCAGUAAUGGCAGUAAAAUGCCAAAUGAAGAGAUUUUCCAGGAAAGGUAAUAAAAAAUGAA